CAGCAUCAGGCAAUCGUAAAGAGAAACUGUUCCUCUGCAUGUUCUGUAACAAAGACUUCAGCUGCCUCCAGAAGGUGGAGAUCCACCAGAGGGUCCACACAGGGGAGAAACCCUUCAGCUGUACCCAGUGUCACAUGCGUUUCGCCCAGGCAGGCAACCUGAAGAUCCACCAGAGGGUCCACACAGGGGUGAAACCCUUCAGCUGUACCCAGUGUCACAUGCGUUUCGCCCAGGCUGGCAACCUGAAGAUCCACCAGAGGGUCCACACAGGAGUUAAACCCUUCAGCUGUAGCCAGUGUCAUAUGCGCUUCUCCCACUCGUCCAGCCUGAAUAGGCACCAGAGGGUCCACACAGGGGAAAAAUCCUACAGCUGCCCCCAAUGUGAGAAGAUGUUCUCCCACCAGAACCAGCUGAAGAUGCACCUGAAGGUCCACACAGGAGAAAGGCCUUUCGCCUGUACGGACUGCGGAAAGAGGUUCUCAGAGAGGAGAUACCUCAGGAUACACCAACUGAAAAACCAUUCCACUCUAUAAUAUAGAAAGUAACCAUUCCACUCUGUAGCUUCUGACGUUUAGAGCAAACCCUGCAUUAAAGUGAAAGAUGAAUUUUCAUUAUUGUCAGCAGAAAAUAUCCACAGAUUUCAGUGUUGAAUGUUCCUGGGUAGAAUAUUGCAUCCAGAUAUUGUGUGACGCACACAUAUACAUA